UUUUAGAAAAGCGAGAAAAAAUAGCUGAAGUUAUUCUAACAAAUGAGCAAUUGAUUAUCGAUUAUGAUCGAACAAGAAAUACCAACAGAGAAGCUUUAAAUAAACUAAAAAAAGAACUUAAAAAUGAAGAUAAAGUUUGGGCUAAUUUUGGAAAUUUUUUCUUAAAACUUGAAAACGAAAAUGUAAAAACUUACAUCCAGGAAGAACAACAAAAUCUUGAAAAAGAAAUUUCAUCAUUAAGAGAAACUAUUAAAGAAAAGGCAGCAGAAUUGGAAAAUUUGGAAAAAGGUGAAAUACAAAAAAUGAAAGGGUUCGAUCUAAAAGGAAUCACUGCAAGUGAUUUAUACAACAUAACUAAACAUAAUGAUGAUAAAAAUACCGAUUAA